AUGCCUUCAGCUACUCCUCUAACAAUUGUCUCAAAAUGCACCGUCUUCCCAGACCAAAAAUCCACUCUACAAGAUCUCAAGCUCUCAGUCUCUGACCUCCCUAUGCUUUCUUGCCACUACAUCCAAAAAGGUGGCCUUUUCACUCGCCCUCCAACACUCUCCAUAGAUUCCUUAAUCUCCCACCUCAAAAAAUCUCUUUCUCAAACUCUCUCUCACUUCGCUCCUCUCGCUGGUCGCUUCAACACUGACUCCAAUGGCUACGUUCGCAUUACCUGCAAUGAUGCAGGCGUAGAUUUCAUCCAUGCCACCGCAACCAAUUAUUCCAUCCAAGAUAUCCUCUAUCCACUUCAUGUACCUGAUUGCAUCAGGGGCUUCUUUGCUUUUGAGAGCACUGUUAGUUACCAAGGCCAUUAUAAACCAAUCUUGGCCGUUCAGGUCACAGAAUUAGCUGAUGGGAUUUUUAUUGGUUGUUCAAUGAAUCAUUCUGUUACUGAUGGUACUUCAUUUUGGAACUUUUUUAAUACCUUCGCUGAAGUUUCGAGAGGAAUCAAGAAAAUAUCAAGACAGCCCGAUUUUUCAAGAAACUCAAUCUUGAUUUCUGAAGCUGUACUUAAAGUUCCUCAAGGUGGCCCUCAAGCCACUUUUGAUGAAAACGAGCCAUUAAGUGAAAGAAUUUUUAGUUUUAGCAGAGAAGCCAUUUUGAAGCUGAAAUCCAGAGUCAACAACAAGAAAUGGUGUCAAAAUUCAGACACUAAUAUUGAUAUUGCUGAAUUAAUGGGAAAACAAAGCAAUGAUACACUGUUUCAGAUUCACGAAAACGGCAAGAUGACCGCAAUUCUUGAAAGCUGGUUCAAGAACGCGGUUUCGAAACCGCAAGAAACGGAGUCGAACCUUUCAAUGGUGGAGAUUUCGUCGUUUCAAUCGCUGUGUGCGCUUCUUUGGCGUGCGGUGACACGUGCAAGGAAGUUGAACCCGUCCAAAUCGACCACGUUUAGAAUGGCGGUUAAUUGCCGUCACCGUUUGAGCCCCAAACUAGAUCCGUUAUAUUUUGGGAACGCAAUUCAAAGUGUACCCACAUACGCAUCAGCUGGGGACGUAGUGUCUAGGGAUCUACGCUGGUGUGCGGAGCAGCUGAAUAAAAAUGUUGCUGCCCACAACGACGAAAUGAUACGUCGUUUUGUUAAGAAUUGGGAAAGCAAUCCAAGGUGUUUCCCGCUAGGAAACGUGGACGGUGCAUCGAUGACAAUGGGUAGCUCACCAAGAUUCCCCAUGUACGAUAACGAUUUUGGGUGGGGUCGACCUUUGGCAGUUAGGAGUGGCAAGGCCAACAAAUUUGAUGGUAAGAUCUCUGCCUUUCCUGGGAGGGAAGGGAACGGUACCGUGGAUCUUGAGGUUGUGUUGGCUCCUGAAACAAUGGCUGGGAUUGAGUCUGAUCACGAGUUCAUGCAAUUUGUAUCUAGAUAG